AUGUGCCUGUUUCUUCCUGUCCUAAGUUCGGAGUCAGCGCCCCCUGUGGUCCGGAAGGGAAGUGACGUUGUUGCUGGGAAGAUGGCGACCGCGGCGACUAUCCCAUCGGUAGCCACGGCUACGGCAGCGGCUCUCGGCGAGGUGGAGGAUGAAGGGCUCCUGGCGUCGCUGUUCCGGGACCGCUUCCCCGAGGCCCAGUGGCGCGAGCGGCCCGAUGUGGGCCGCUACCUCCGGGAGUUGAGCGGCUCGGGGCUGGAGCGGCUGCGGCGCGAGCCCGAGCGCCUGGCGGAGGAGCGGGCGCAGCUGCUGCAGCAAACGCGCGACUUGGCCUUCGCUAACUACAAGACCUUCAUCCGCGGCGCCGAGUGCACCGAGCGCAUCCACCGCCUGUUUGGCGACGUGGAGGCGUCGCUCGGCCGCCUGCUCGACCGCUUGCCCAGCUUCCAGCAGAGCUGCAGGAACUUUGUGAAGGAAGCCGAGGAGAUCAGCUCCAACCGCCGGAUGAAUAGCCUGACCCUAAACCGGCACACAGAAAUUUUGGAAAUACUGGAGAUUCCUCAGCUCAUGGACACCUGUGUCCGGAACAGUUAUUAUGAAGAGGCCCUGGAGCUUGCAGCCUACGUACGCCGACUGGAGAGGAAAUACUCUUCCAUCCCUGUCAUCCAGGGCAUCGUGAACGAAGUGCGCCAGUCCAUGCAGCUGAUGCUGAGCCAGCUGAUCCAGCAACUGAGGACCAACAUCCAGCUUCCCGCCUGCCUCCGUGUCAUUGGCUACCUGCGGCGCAUGGACGUCUUCACUGAGGCUGAGUUGAGGGUGAAGUUUCUUCAGGCCCGAGAUGCUUGGCUCCGGUCCAUCCUGACUGCCAUUCCUAAUGAUGAUCCCUAUUUCCAUAUUACAAAAACCAUCGAGGCCUCCCGUGUCCAUCUCUUUGAUAUCAUCACCCAGUACCGUGCCAUCUUCUCAGACGAGGACCCACUGCUGCCCCCUGCCAUGGGUGAGCACACUGUGAAUGAGAGUGCCAUCUUCCAUGGCUGGGUGCUACAGAAGGUCUCACAAUUCCUGCAGGUGCUGGAGACCGACCUUUACCGGGGCAUAGGCGGCCGCCUGGACUCUCUGCUGGGCCAGUGCAUGUACUUUGGGCUGUCCUUCAGCCGGGUGGGAGCUGAUUUCCGGGGUCAGUUGGCUCCUGUUUUCCAGCGGGUGGCCAUCAGCACUUUCCAGAAAGCAAUUCAGGAAACAGUGGAGAAAUUCCAGGAAGAAAUGAACUCCUACAUGCUCAUCUCGGCUCCAGCCAUCCUGGGCACCAGUAACAUGCCUGCUGCUGUGCCAGCCACCCAGCCGGGGACGCUGCAGCCACCCAUGGUGCUCCUAGAUUUCCCACCCCUCGCCUGCUUCCUCAACAAUAUUCUGGUUGCCUUCAAUGAUCUGCGCCUCUGCUGCCCUGUGGCCCUGGCGCAGGAUGUGACUGGGGCCUUGGAAGAUGCCCUUGCCAAGGUAACUAAAAUAAUCCUGGCCUUCCAUCGCGCUGAAGAGGCUGCCUUCAGCAGCGGGGAGCAAGAGCUCUUUGUCCAGUUCUGCACUGUCUUCCUGGAAGACCUUGUUCCGUAUUUAAAUCGCUGUCUCCAAGUCCUUUUUCCACCAGCUCAGAUAGCACAGACUUUAGGCAUUCCUCCCACUCAGCUCUCCAAGUACGGUAACCUAGGGCAUGUGAACAUCGGCGCCAUUCAGGAGCCCCUCGCCUUUAUCCUGCCAAAGAGAGAGACGCUUUUCACCCUGGAUGACCAGGCGCUGGGGCCCGAGCUCACAGCUCCAGCACCAGAGCCUCCCGCCGAGGAGCCACGCCUGGAGCCCGCGGGCCCAGCCUGCCCGGAGGGAGGGCGAGCGGAGACGCAGGCAGAACCGCCCAGCGUGGGGCCCUAGCCGGCGUCCCCUGCCUCCAGAACGCGGGCUGGACCCCAAUGGAGAACAGGUGGUGUGGCAGGCGAGCGGGUGGGCAGCCCGCAUCAUCCAGCACGAGAUGGACCACCUGCAGGGCUGCCUGUUUAUUGACAAAAUGGACAGCAGGACGUUCACAAACGUCUAUUGGAUGAAGGUGAAUGACUAAAGCUUUGCUAUUGGGGCUGAGGAUUCCGGAUACCAAGACGCAAACACUUUCACUUUGAGCUGGGCACAUCUUACUUGGCAUCAACUUGGAUGGCUCGCAUAUGACAGGAAACUGGAUUGCCAAGGCAUGGCAGACUGAGCUGGAGGAAGAUGUCAGAAAUGUUUGCCCUGAAAUCAGUUACGGACAAAAUGUUGGCUACAACUUGAGGAGAAAAAUCACCCCCAAAGGAGUGGACAUUUCCUAACAAUUCUGUAUGGAGGAAGGUGGGGUAAUUGCAUUCGUCUGCAGUAGACACGAGUUCCUCGGACCUGUAUAAUCUCCCAAAGCCAAGGUUUGGUAAUAAUGUAGUCCCCAAAUACCUGAAAGCUGUCUUUAAAAAUGCAGGUAAGCAUGUGACCGGCCAUUUGUGCCGAGUUCUUAUUUUUACGGAGGGCUUGUGGCCUUAGACGCCAGUUUGCUUAUGGAAAUGAAACAGAAUAGUCCCUGUUCAA